AUGGCGACUUCAAGCGACCAGGCCACCCAUCUAGACAUCGCGUCGCCCUCAGACAUCAAGACCGUCGCUGCGAAUACAGAGACACAUGAUGGAGAGAUCAAGGAUCAAGAGAACACACUGGACUUUAAUCCUUCGCCAGUCGUGGCUAAAGUAUCUGCGCCCGAGGCCGAGAAGUCAAACGACACCCAAGACCAAGUCGGUAUCGAAGACUCGACAGGUGUCAAGACGGCUACUCUUGGUUCUCCCUUUCCCUCGCCCAAACUUGUUGCAGAGGACAGCAAGAGCAGCGGCUCUCUUGAAGACGGAGAGAUCGUAGAGCAAGAUCUUGACAAUGACGUUGGAGCGAUCCCUGUGACUGUGCAGGAGCAACAAGAGCAGCUUGAUGAUAAGGAGAAUACCAAGCUUGCGUCUCCAAUCGCCAAGAAGGAAGUUCUUCUGGCAUCGCCCCCUGGACUGCACGUUGAGGCCACCAAGACCGACGUUGACAUCGAAACUGAGGACAGCGACUCCAAGACAGACACACACGCGAACGUCGAGGCGCCGAAGUCUUCGAGGCCAGCUCAUAGUCUACCUCCGCACAUGCGUCCUGACUUCCAGUCGCCUCCAUCCCGCCUCUUCGGCCUUCAAGACCCGAGGCACAUGAUGUCGCCAAACGAGGUCAAUCGAUUCAACGACGCUCCGCGCGCCCCUCGCUCCCACUUCAACUCCCACGGAUCCCGAGGAGGCGACCACGGCGAUCGCGAACAAAUUGUCCGCAUGAACGCACAGCUCAUGAAGCUAAAGAACGAACUCGAUGCCGAACGCAACAAGGGCGUGCGUCUCCGCAAGUCUAUCGAAGCUGAGCAGCAACAAAAGGUCGAAGCCGCCUCAUCUGUCAUGUUGACGAACCUCCUCCGCGACCAAGCCACAACCCUGACGCUCAAGUCCAAAGUCGAAGCCCGAGAGCGCGACCUCGAUGAGCGCGAGCAGAAGAUAACACAAUUCGAAGUCUACCUUUCUGAAGGCCAGAAACAGCUUAUGUACGCGCUAGAAGAGAACGGCGAUAGACCGAUGAGUGCCGUGCAGAUGGAACAUGCGCGCCGCGAAGCUGAACUCCAUGCGCAAAAGGCCGUGGCUGAUAUGAACGGAAAGUUAAACAUCAAGAUCGAAGCACUCCGUCUCCGCGAAGCAGCCCAACAGAUGCGCGAACAGAACUGGAAGGCUAUUGCUCGCGAGCAACUUGAAGCAGAAUUUGCGGACAACUCCAUCACUCAUGAGAAGGCUGAUGAGGUUACGGAAGAGGCGUACAACGAUGGGUUUGGUGCGGGCAAAGAGGCGGGUCGUAAGGAAGCACUCAAGGAGUCUCACCAGCGCGGUUUUCUAGAGGGAUAUGGCGCGUGUCAUCGUACGCAGGUCGCUCUGAGUAAGAUGCGGCAGGGCCUUAUCGCGCGCGAUGAUCCUGAGCUGGACUUCCUGUACGAUGCCAAUCAUCCGCACAACCUCUGGAACAUCGGAGAGAUGGUUGGACGCUUACAGCGAGACGACAAGAUCGCGCUGACAAAGGAGGAUGUGAAGAAGGAAACUUCAAUCGAGAAGAAGACUCCCGCGCCUGUCCAGGAAGAUGAUGAUCCCGAAGAAACCUCCAGGAUAAACCGCAAGAUCGACGGUCGUAUGAACGGUCAUACCAACGGCCACACCAACGGCCCUAACAGCGGUCAUCCCAACGGCAUCAACAGCCACAACAACGGCACCAUGAUCCACAAGCGCGAAGAACCCGCCAUCAAGAUGCCUCCUCCCCGCCCGACCUUCGCCGCCGAACUCCGCGGUCCUUCACUCACGCACAACGGACACAUUGUUCUUGCUAACAACGUCGCGUCGCCUGUUGCCAAGGAGACUGGUCGUCCGAUCAUCAAGUAUGAGGAUGAGGGUGUGAAUUUGAUUGAUCUCAUGUAA